AUGGCAUCCGUGUUGCGUUUCCGAACGGUCUGGGGUAUCAGCCCUGGUACCAACUACGAGAAUUGGGCGAAAUGGUUCCCGACUCUCAAGAAGCAAGGAUAUGCGGGUGUCGAGGUGGACUUUACUGAUUUGGAAGAUCUUCCGACCAUUCGUCGGAUUGCUGACGACGCUGGGUUGGAAAUAAGUGUCCUGAUACACGCGCAGUGGCCUAGUUACGCUGGACCUAAGCCCCCAGGUCCUGCUCCCAAAGAUCUCCUCCAAGAUUACCGAUCUAAACUCCAGAUUGCCCAAAGUCUGAAACCAUACAAAAUCAAUGCGCAUUCUGGAAAUGAGCGAUGGACGGUGGAUGAGGCGGUCGAAUUCUACAGUGGCACUCUCAACGUCGAUGCCGAGUUAGGGCUCACAGGCAAGGUGUGCCAUGAGACUCACCGAAACACGGCCUUUUUCAGUCCCCAGUCUACAGCACCGAUCCUGCAAAAGGUACCAAAGCUGCGUGUCACCGCUGAUUUCUCCCACUUCGUGGUGGUAUGCGAACGUCUCCUGGAUGUUUACGAGGAAGAUAUAUCCGCGAUCCGCACAAUCAUUCCGCAUGUGGGACAUAUUCACGCGCGAAUGGGUACAACACAGGCGUCACAAUGCCCAGACCCGACACACGAAGUUUACAAAGAGGAGAGAAAAUAUUUUGAAACUGUCUGGAAACAAAUUAUCGAUGCCACUGCUACUUCCUCGGAGCCGAUUACAUUCGUGCCUGAGUACGGACCCUUCCCGUACCACCCUUUCAAUGCUCAAACGACGUUCUCCGAUGUCGCCGAUAGCGAAGGUGCUCGUCUUCACCCGAUCUUCGAAAGCCACGCCCACUCAGCUGUUGCAUCGAGGCAAUAA